AUGACUCGGCGACUGGCAUUUCGCAGGUCGUGCGUGCCACAAGAAGAGGAGCGCAAGGCGUUGCGAGCCAACCGAUUCCUGAGUGCGGGUGGUAUCAGAGUAACUGUCCAGACGUUGGUGGAUAUGCUGAAGGUGCAGGAUCUUAAGGUGAUCGCUAUACUGGUGUGGAGCGAACUAUGA